UAAAAUUAAUGUAAACCAAAAACAAUGGCAAAGCUUCAUCUUGGAGCCACGCCGACACAUCAACAUUAUUAAAUUUGGCAUUAAUCAUGAAUCGGGAUCUUUCCAAAUUGAAAGCAGGACACUCGAGCAACAAGUGAAACGAGGACUGCAUCGAUGAUAAACAAAAAGUUUGUGUACGCUAUUUGCCCAUAUGUGGGGCUUAACCGGUUUAAUUCUCAGUCGAUUAUUAAUGAUCCGUGGAGAAAUGAAGCGAUAUUUUCAUCAACAGCGAUUGUGGCGCAAUCGGUUAGCGCGUCCGGCUGUUAACCGGAAGGUUGAUGGUUCGAUCCCAUCCAGUCGCGUUUAUUUUUUUUUUUUUUUUGAAGUUACAAUUGUGUCAAAGGUCGCGCGAAUAAACAAAACGAAAUUUAUAUUUUUCUUUUUCAAAGUUACGAUUGUAUUCUUUUCAAAUUAUCAAAAAAGUUGAUGGUUCGAUCCCAUCCAGUAGCGAUUUUUUUUUUUUAAAUUUAUGUUACAAUUGUUAUCUUUUCAAUCAUCAAAAACAAGGUGACAAUACCAGUGUUGUUGUUGUUGUUUUUUUGGGUUCAAAGGUUUUUCUCCUCAUCUUAUCUUUGAUGGAAAACAAUAAAGUGGAACAAACAAAGAAGAACAAUCAUUUCGAUGGAAUGUGAUUAAUUAACUUUCAAGAUGGUUAUGCCAAGAUGAUAUAUAUAAAACGCACUAAAUGUCUUUUUUUUAUCAAUAAUCAUGAUGAUGAUGAUGGUGAUGGUGAUUAUUAUCCAUCUAUUAUCUCGUGGUUGAUUAUAAUCGAGGCUAUCAAUCUAUCUAUAUUGAUAGUAAUAAAAAUCGAACGAUUUAUUCAUCAUCAUCAUUAUUAUAACGUAUUUUAGUGGAUAAAACCAAGAAAGUAAUGGAUUCGAAUGUUAUUAUUGAAAAGUCUGAUGGAAAAAAACAACAACAUCGUGGUGGAUUCUCACUUAUAACGGCAAUAUUUUUUAUUAUCGGUGAAUUAGCUGGUGGUGGUCUACUUACAUUACCGCAUGCCAUUUCAUUAGCAAGUUGGUUCGGCAUACCAAUCAUAUUUUUCGCUGCAAUAUGUGCCACUAUAUCGGGUUUUUAUCUGGCUAAAUCAUGGAUGAUAUUGGAAGAUCGUUAUCCAGAAUUUCGCCAAGGUUUGACACGCAAACCAUUUGCAACAAUUGGUUCAUAUGCAUAUGGCCCUUAUAUGGGUGCAUUUGUAUCGAUAUUGAUGAAUGUAACGAAUACCUGUGCAACAACCGUAUUCAUGUUAUUCACAAGUGAUCUGUUAUCACAAUUAACUAGAUCAUUCAUCGGUUAUAACAUCUGUCAAUGGAUACCGAUUACAAGCGUUUUAUUUUUGGUGCCAAUACUUUUUGGAUCACCAAUCGAUUUUUGGCCAAUCGCUUAUAUGGCUACAUUAUCGACGACAAUUGGAUCGAUUUUAUUGAUCAUAUCGUUAGCUAUACAAGUACAACGUCAUGGUUUCAUUCAUGAAUAUCGGAUACAGAAUUUCGAAAGUUUUGCCAGUUGUUUUGGUAUUGCAUUCUAUGCAUUUGGUGGUGCAGCAGCAUUUCCAAGUUUUCAGAAUGAUAUGCGUGAUAAAAAUCAAUUUAGUAAGGCCGUUAUUUUUGGUUUCAUUGGUCUUUUGACGCUUUACAUUCCGGUGGCUUCAUUUGGUUAUGCAGCGUUCGGCAUGAAUGCUGCAACAAACAUUCUGAAUAAUUUUGAAUCCGAUAAUUUACUCAACAUUUUCAUCAUAAUUGUUCGUUGCUGUUUUCUCGUUCAUUUCAGCGCUGUCAUACCGAUCACAAUCAAUCCGGUUUUCUUAGAUUUAGAAGAAUUAAUUCGUAUACCAAAAGAAUUCACAUGGAAACGAUUAUUAUUCCGGACAUUAAUGUUACUGUUAAUGACAUUUUUGGGUGCAACAUUUCCAAAUUUUGGUCAAAUAUUAGAAUUGAUUGGCGGUACAACAUUAACGAUAAUGUCAUUUAUAUUGCCACCAAUGUUUUAUAUGAAAUUAUGUGAUAACUAUGAAGAAAAAAACGAUGAAUAUAAUUAUUCGUUAUGGCUAAAAAUUGUAUUCAUUUUAUUGAUUAUAACCGGCACUAGUGGUGGUAUUGCAUCCACAUAUGGAACACUGUCACGUUGGGAACCAUUACAAUCAGCUUGUUAUAUUGCUGGUAGCCAAAAUCGUACGAACAAUUGAAUUGAAUCUGUGAUUUUUUUUUUUUCAUUCAAAUUUUAUUUAUUGAUUCAAUUUGGCAAUUAUUUCAA